CCACAGGAUGUCAUGCAUUUCAAUGGGGACAUCCCCUUGCGGUUGAAGGCUCCGUUGCGAGACGAAUGGCGCAUACUUUGACAUUUUCUAACUUUGCCUCGUCUUUAGUCCAGCUGUCGAAGAACAGGAAGUUACCAAAUCACAGAAGGAGAUGGAAUAUGUGGUUUUAGGUGAUGGCUUUAUGGGGUAGCUAGCAACUUGUUGUGAACAAUUACCCAUUCCUUAAAAUUCUCCUGGAAUAUGAGCUCUUAUGGAACCGUGGAAUGCUGCAGGUAGCAGCAGUGUUUGUAGAUGGUCGUUUUUGUAGAAGUUGGAUACUUUUUCUUGGCUUUUCCUUGGCCAGAGAUACUUGGACAAUAUCAAAUGUGGAUAUCUACUUUUGUACACAUUUUGCUGGAAGGAUGAAAGCUAUGAAAAGCAACCAUAUCAAUUCUUUGCGUACAGAGUUUUUUUUGCUGUUCCAGUCUGGUUGCUCUGUGUAGGUGUUUGUUGUUUGACGUCAGUUUUUACUAGACUAGUUAGCCAUUAGCCACCACACCUCUUACACACCGCCAACCUGGAAAGUAACAGUUGUCCAAAGGUGUUGCCCAACCCUAACAUUGCAAACAGCUCAGAGCAAACAUCCCCUUUUACAUAAAGGUUGUGAAAUCAUUAUUGAGACCUGAAUCUUUUUUCUACUACUUUUUUUACUCAACACGACAAUACUCAUCUUUACCAAUGCCUCGAUGGAAAGCUCUGGCGAGCCAGCAUUUACGGUGGUCCAGCCCUGUUGCCCAAGGACUAGUUUUAUGUAUCGUAACGUUUGGCAUCGUACUGCCGUUGUGCUGCCACAGGCUACUCUAUUCCUACUACUACAUUAAAUCGAUGUACUUGAAUGACAUGAGCGAUGAGUUUCUAGCGGAGAGCUACGAGAGAGGGCACGAGGCUUUGGAAUUCUGGGAGGCAUCACGGUCUACCACCGGGUCGUCUGGCUUUGCCAACAUCACCAAGGGAUCCGAGCUGUUGAUCACUGUGGUAACGGCCAGGCGAACGGAGGGCAAGGAAUUUCACUACCUGCUUCAAGUGAUGCAGCGGCUGGCGUCCCUCCUGAGAGGAUGCGGCGAGGGGCGGCGUUGCGCCGAGGUGCUGGUGUGCGACGUGGAAAGCGGUCCCCUGGACAAUGAGGAUGUGGCGCUGCUGGAGAGCCAGUUCCUGGUGGUGCGGCGGUCCCUGGAGGAGCAGUGGAAGAACCGGGCUCACGUCAACACCUUUGAGAAGGAGAAGAGGGACUACGUCUACUGUCUGCGGAAAGGAUGGGAGCUGGCAAGGCCCAAAAAUGUGAUAGUCCUCGAGGACGACGCACUACCCGGGGCGGACUUCUUUGCCGUGAUCCGAGAUUUGCUCUCGCGGCGCUUCGCCCUCCAUACCCUCUACGUCAAGCUCUACCACCCGGAGAGGCUGCAGCGCUACUGGAACCCCGAACCCUACCGUAUCCUGGAAUGGGUGGGACUCGGACUAGUCGGGGCUACCGCACUCCUCCUAACCCUUAGUCACGGUUCACCUUUCUCUUUCUCCCUCUCCACCACCCACCUCCUCUUCCUCACCUUGUACAUCAUGGUUGCCGUAGAGCUGGCGGGCCGGCACUACCUACUCGAGGCACGGCGCUUCUCGCCGCAGCUCUAUGCCGUGUCCCCGGCGACCGAGUGCUGCACGCCUGCUAUGCUGUUUCCGGGUAACUCAUCCCUCAGGGCGGCGGAGUACCUGGACGGAUCGUUCUGCGUCAAGGGCAACGCUAAGGACAUGGUUCUGUAUCAGAUGGCUCGGACUAUAACCGGAGAGAGAGCGCACAGCCUAGAGCCCAACCUGGUCUCCCACAUCGGGGCUUUCUCCUCAGUCAGGGCCAACCCAUCCAGGCCUAGACUUCUUUGAAGAACAACUGAAGAGGUCUGAGGCUGCAUCCCAGAUUGCACUAUUAGGGCCAAUAGAGCUCUGGUCAAAAGUAGGGCAUGUAGGGAAUAGGGUGCCAUUUCAUCAGGUUUGGAGACAAUUCCAUUUCACCUCAGGAAGUCAACGGAAUUGACUGAAUUGAAAUGGAAUUGACCCGAAUCCUUUUAGAAAAUGACUGAAUAUCACCACACAGGGCUACCUAACACUCCAUAGGGAUGCAUAGCACUAUGCUAGCAUCCCUGACAUAUACCCAAAUCCAACCAAUGGUGCCUGUAAUGAUCGUCCUUGAUGGAUAUUGAAGGAGGUCUCUCUCCAGCCUACUGUAAGAUUUUACCCAUUUUACAAAUUGAUCUAUUUCACCCAUCUAGGCAAGAUCUAUUUCUCUCAUGCAAUAUUUGGGUACACUCCACACACAUUGGGUACACUUUGGAAUACAUUAUGUUCUAUGUUGGCAUAACCAUGUACUGCAUAUCCCCUGAAGGUUCAGAUGAGAUGUAUCAUGUAAAAUACCAAAACGGGUUGCUAUAGUUGUUGAACUAAGGCAACUGAUAAUCAAAGGGUUAACAACUGCAAUAGGUUGUUAAAAUCUAAUUUAACCAUUGGACAAUGGCAAUAUCGCUGGACUGUGACACUUUGAAUGUCUGACACUUUGAAUGUCUGAAAGAAAAACUAUUAAAUAUGUCAAGAUACAGUGGGGGAAAAAAGUGUUUAGUCAGCCACCAAUUGUGCAAGUUCUCCCACUUAAGAAGAUGA